AUGGUGCAAAGCAGAUGCAUGGAAGGGCAGAGCAAUCACACAUCUGUUAUCAUGUUUAUUCUCCUGGGAAUCUCAAAUGAAAGAGACCUGCAACUUAUUCUAUUUCCAAUAUUCCUAGGAACCUACAUGGUAACCCUAAUAUCGAACCUGACUCUUAUUACCCUAAUUAGGACAGACUCUCACUUGCAUACACCUAUGUAUUUUUUUCUUAGUGUCCUUUCACUUGUAGAUGUUUUCUAUUCUACUUCCAUCAGUCCAAGGAUGCUUUCAGAUUUCUUCAGAGAUCUAAAAACAAUUUCCCCUAUUGCUUGUGCCACUCAGUAUUUUUUUGCAGCUUGGAUGGGUCAGGCUGAGUGCUGCCUCUUGGCUGCCAUGGCCUAUGACAGAUACGUGGCUAUUGGGAACCCUCUGCAAUACUCAACCAUCAUGGCACCUGAGCUCUGUCAGAUGAUGGCUGUUGGGUCUCUUGGAAUUGGUUUGAUUUGUGGUUUAGCUGAAACAAUUCCCUCCUUUAGUCUGUACUACUGUGGGCCAAACAUCAUUCAACAUUUCUUUUGCAAUGUUCCUGAGAUUGUUACCUUAUCUUGUUCCAGUCCUUUUAUUAGCCAAAUGACUCUUUUUGUAGUAGCUACAUUAGUUGGCUUUGGGUCUUUGCUCAUUAUCCUGCUAUCCUAUGGUUACAUUGCAGCUUCCAUCCUGAAAAUAUCCUCCCUCAAAGGUAGUUUGAAGGCCUUCAAUACCUGUGCCUCCCACUUGGCAGUAGUGACCCUCUUCUAUGGUACGGCCCUUGCUGUGUAUGGACACCCUAGUUCUGGCCACUCUGAUAAGCAAGACACGAUCCUGUCAGUGUUCUAUGUUAUUAUUAUUCCCAUGUUGAACCCUCUAAUUUAUAGUUUAAGGAACAAAGAAAUCAAAGAGGCAUUCAAGAGGGGAAUAAAAAAGGCAGCACUUUAA